AUGACCUCAACAUCCAAAGGCAUUCUCCGUCCAUUUCUAAUCGUCUGCAUUAUCCUGGCCUGCUUCAUGGCGUGUCUGCUCAUUUACAUCAAACCCACCAACAGCUGGGUCUUCAGUCCAAUGGAGUCUGCCAGUUCUGUGCUGAAAAUGAAAAAUUUCUUCUCCACCAAAACUGAUUAUUUUAAUGAAACCACUAUUCUGGUGUGGGUGUGGCCAUUUGGGCAGACCUUUGACCUUACAUCCUGCCAAGCAAUGUUCAACAUCCAAGGGUGCCAUCUCACAACAGACCGCUCACUGUACAACAAAUCCCACGCGGUCCUGAUUCACCACAGAGACAUCAGCUGGGAUCUGACUAAUUUACCUCAGCAGGCUAGGCCACCCUUUCAGAAAUGGAUUUGGAUGAACCUAGAGUCUCCGACUCAUACUCCCCAAAAGAGUGGCAUCGAACACUUGUUCAACCUGACUCUAACUUAUCGCCGUGAUUCAGAUAUUCAAGUGCCUUACGGCUUCUUGACGGUGAGCACAAAUCCCUUUGUGUUCGAAGUGCCAAGCAAAGAGAAGUUGGUGUGCUGGGUUGUGAGUAACUGGAACCCUGAGCAUGCCAGGGUCAAGUAUUAUAACGAGCUCAGCAAGAGUAUUGAAAUCCACACCUAUGGGCAAGCAUUUGGAGAAUACGUGAAUGAUAAAAACCUGAUUCCCACCAUAUCUACUUGCAAAUUUUAUCUUUCUUUUGAAAACUCAAUUCACAAAGAUUACAUUACAGAAAAGCUCUACAAUGCAUUUUUAGCUGGCUCAGUACCUGUUGUCCUGGGACCAUCUAGGGAAAACUAUGAGAAUUAUAUUCCAGCUGAUUCAUUCAUUCAUGUGGAAGAUUAUAACUCUCCCAGUGAGUUGGCAAGGUAUCUGAAGGAAGUUGACAAAAACAAUAAGUUGUACCUUAGUUACUUUAACUGGAGGAAGGAUUUCACUGUAAACCUCCCACGAUUUUGGGAGUCACAUGCAUGCCUGGCUUGUGAUCAUGUAAAAAGGCAUCAAGAGUAUAAGUCUGUUGGUAAUUUAGAGAAAUGGUUUUGGAAUUAAAGUUUCCAUCAUUUUCACAUUUAAUGAAUUGUAAUAAUGUAACAUCAUUCGAGUUGUGAGGCUAAGAAGAGAAACAAUUUGCUUUGUGUCACAGUUUAUUUUUAUCACCCUCUCUUGAACAACAUGUAUAUUUUGAUGGAAAUUUUUAAGAGCUCGAAAUUAGC